CCCCCCCGCAGUGUCAGCACAAGCUGCCUGCUGCCAAUUUUGGCCCCUUGCCCUGUGUGGCCCCGUUUUAGGGUUCUAAGUGCUGCCCUUACCUUACAGGGUGAGCCGAGAGGCAGAGGACCUUCUUUCUUGUUCCUCACGACACAUUUACCUCUAGUGGCUGUCCCAGAACCCUGCCGAGGGUCUUCUUCAGGGCAGUGUGUAAGCGCUAGUGACUCCUCCUUGCUUCUCUGAGCAUCUUUCCUGAGUGGCAGGGUGUCUGGCGUUCUGUGCAGUGUUUUGACCCCUCUCCCCCCUUCUUUAUCUUUACCGUCUGUGAGCAUGUUUGAUCCUGUACUUGGGGAAGUUGGGGUUUACAGUGUCUCUGACCGGGACGUCCUCUGGCAGCGCCGGGAGCGACAUCGUAGGCAGAGGUAGACUCACAGGUGCUCCUUGGCUCUCCUGUUACAUGCUGGAGGCCGCGGCCCCUGGAGGAGAGCCGGUGUGCUGUGUGCGUGGGGCGUCUCAGGUCAGCAGCCAGAAGCGCGUAUUGAAAACAGAUCACGGUUAACUCUGAGCUCGACCCAGGGCAGUUUAAGAAAGAGCUCAGUUUGCAAGUGAUGCAUCGUUAAGAUCAGCUGGUCUCUUUGAAACAGUCUGCCUUUUUUAAAGUUAGGUGGCUUGAGACUACAGAAUGACUUUCUGGUCAGAAUAAAAUUAUCCAUGGUCAUGAGGUAAAUGCUAUGCAUUUGCAUUGUUUUUCUGCGGUGAAAUAGAGAAAAAGAUCAAAAGAAUAAGGUUCGUGUCGCAAGACUGUUCCAAAUGAAAUGGGUCUGUUGGAGGAGAGACCAGGAGAUGCUGCUUUAUGGGGAAAAGGUAGUGUUUGUUAUAAACGGCUCUUAGUCCAGGAGCUGAGAAAAUAAUUUUAAGUUUGUACAAGAAAAACGUUCAGGUGUCAACCUGUGAAAUGUCUGUUCUGAUACAGUUUCCCUGCUCCCUGGCAGCGCGGGUUAGCCCGUCUCAGGACUGUUGUGGGUAGGAAGUCUGUAAGAUGAUACCUGGACGGGGCCUCAGCAAUCUCCGUGGUGAUCUCUCGUUUCAUGGAGGGGAAGCUGAGCUGCCGAAGGAAGGGGCAUGCCCGCCUCCGCCCUCCGUCCCCCCAGAAUGCGUCCUCUCGGCCUGUGCGCUCUCAUUUCUUCCCAGAGCCUCUCAGAGUGCUUGGAGGGUCCCCUGCUGGACCUUCGCCGGCAGAAGCCCCUCUUUCUCGCAGAGUUCUGGUGCCCGUUUCACAAAGAUAAGGACGAGGCUGUGCUUGCCCUGCUCUGAGUCCUGCCCCCUUGGGUGGCCAGCGCGCCCUGUGAAGGUGUGCUUGGGAGGAGGCUGGAAGACGAGAGGGGACUUGGUGGACAGACAGCGCUUGGGUUUUCGCCUUAAGGAUUUACUUGCUGCGUCUUAUUAAAAAGCAGGGCCCCUUCUGUUUUUUCUGAAAGGUCAGUUGGCUUUUUAGUCAACUUAUUGGUCAUUUUUUUUAAUUGGUUAUUUCUUUAAAAUAUUUAUUUAUGCGUACAAGAGCUGGGGUGCAGGCCAGAGUGCAGGGGGCGGGGAGAAGAUCCUCUCCAGAGACAGAGUGGGGAGCAGAACAGGCUACUGAAAUACUGCUGAGGGGAGCAGCAAGAGACAGGAGAGGUCUGCCGUGCCAUGUGGGUCACUCCCUGGCCGAGGAUCUGGCGAUAGCUUGAUAGCACUGAGAUUUAAUCCUGUGCCACCAGGGAGGCCCUAUUGGUCGGUGUUUAAAAAGUUGUUGAUUUACUUGGAUUUUCUUCCAGGCAUAGUUAGGCUCUGGCAGCGGAGUGCAGCAGGUUAAGGUGUGAACCAGAGGCAUUUUACACGUGGGGCAAAGGCAGGUUAGACGGAGAGACCCCAUGUGUUGUUCCGCAGCCUGCGUUGCUCUGUCCUCCCUGUGCGCGUAGAGGAAGUGGAGGAGCAGAUGUGAAACCUGCCUGCCUUUUGAGAUUUAAAAUUGAGGUGUAUGAAGAGUUUAAUGUGUGGCUUUUCUGUCUUAACAGAACGGUUGGCUCUUUCUGGACUUGAUGUUAAUUUACAGGAGACUCGCAGGGAACUCUGCACUGCCAGACCGUCAGGCUGGUGGUUCGGUCCCACCCUGGCCCUGCCUGCGGCAGGCGUGCGGGAGCUCAGCUGGGUGGGGAGCCUGAAGGCCUGCGCAGGGCACUGCCUGCUGGAAGUCGCUCUGCUCGCUCAAGGCAGAGCCCACUUGCUAGUUGCUGUCAUUUCCUGUACUGCCCGCCCUCCCGGAGCAGGAACGCUGCUUGUCUUGUGGGGUGGGAAGUUGGGGUGGGGGCAGUGCACCUCUCAGGAUUUACUUGAUGAGAGAUCACAUUCGAUCUUUUCUAGAUUUUCUGAUUACAACUGGGACCUUGAACCUAUAGAUCUUACACUAACUUUUUUCUGUUUCUUUUCAGUUCAAGUCAAGGAAAACCUCUAUCCUGCUUGUUGCCGUAAGAAACACCUGGUUGUGCGAGCCACCAGUCAUGCAGCCGCCGCCCCAGGCAGUCCCCUCGGGCUUGGUGGGGCCCCCUCCCGCCGGGAAGCCUCAGAGCUUGUUCUGGUCUAACAGCCCCUACAGGAGACAGGCGCCCAGCAGCGCCCCAGUGGCGUCCCUCGCCUGCCCGCUGCCACCCGUCACGGACCCCUUUGCGUUUAGCAGGCAGGCGCUCCAGAACCCCUCGCCUGGAGGGCCGUCAAAAAGCAGCCCCCCGAUUUUGACAGGCCCGGCCCCAUCGCCACUUCUUCAGCGCCCGGGCCCACCCAUGCCGCAGGCCAGCGCCGGGGAGCGUGCCCAGUCGCAGCCCGGGCCAGGGGCCGGCCCCUUCCACAGCUGCUUGGCCCCUGGGCCCGAGAUGAACCAGAGCACCGAGGUUGCACCCAGCUCGGAAGCUGAAGUUCAGGCUCUGCCACAUCUUCCUCAGUACAUUCCGGGAGCGGGGGCUGGUGUUCCUCUGGGGGGCCAUCCCCCCGGGGGCGUGCCUGGGCCCGACGGACCCCUGAGCCGGCCAGCCCCGCACGACGGCACCAUGGCACCCGCGGGCUCCACUUUCUUUCCACAACCUCUCCAGCAAGGGCCAGGGCAGUGGGGGCCAGUGCAGGGCGGGCCCCCGCCCUCAGGUCAGCAUUACUGGCCCUGCCCCGAGGGAUCGGUCCCGAACACGGCGCCCCGGGCCUCUGGCAUUCCCCACUUCCCUGCCCCGGCCCUCCCUCGCCAGGGUCCCAGCCACGAGCGCCACAACCCGAUGGUGUCGUUGCCAGGACCCUUGGCCGCUGAGGGCGGGGCCGAGGCCGUCUACCUGCACCGGGGGGACCAACCCGCCCCUGGCUCGGAGCCCGAGCUCGCCUUCAGGCAGAAGCCCAGAGCUGGGACCAGCUGGGCAGCGCAGGAGGCGAGGCCUAACCCAGGAGCGAAUAAAGAGCAGUUCCUGGCCCCUCUUCCUGGCCAUCCCCCCACCCAGGGGAGCGGCCCCGAAAGCCAUCUGCACGCCCCCCUUGGGCUAGGGGCCGCCCGGGCCCCGCCAGAGGCAGACUCAGGAGCCCUCUCCAUGUUUUUCCAAGGCGGAGAGACGGAAAAUGAGGAGAACCUCUCAUCUGGAAGAGCAGGCUCAGCGGGGCCGCCUGACCCGGACGCCUUCUCCCCCAGCACUGGGCCCGGCCACCCCCCAGCUCACGCCCCUCCCAGGGGUUCCGGCAGCGAGGCCGCGCCGCAGGGAAGGCAAGUGCAGCCUUUCCUCCCGUGGGCAGCGGGCACCCCGCGAGAGCAGCAGGCCAGUGCAGGCGCUGCCGUGGACCCGCGGGCGGGGGCCGGGCCUCCCGGGGCCAGCCCUGCGCAGUUUGAGAACAUGGAGAACCUGGAAUUUGUGCAGAACCAGGAAGUCCUGCCAAGUGAGCCCCUCGGUUUGGACCUUUCCCCCAGCGAUCAGCUCAGAUACGGGCCAGCUGCCCCCCGGCUCGGUGCAGGGGGCCUCGCAGCAGGCGGGGGCCCCAACCUAGAGGCCCCGGACCCAGGGCCCGGCCCCCCGCGGUCUGAGAGCGGCUCGUCCAGCUACGGCAGGAGCCGCGGGAGCCUUCCUGGCGUGGCCAGACCCCAGGACCUGGGGGGCACCUUCAUUCAGCAGGAAGUCGGGAGGCCUGAGGAGGAGGCCUUGGGGGGAUUCUUCCAGCAGAUCGAUUCCUCUCCUCUCGGAGGUGAGGCGGAGGAGACUGCUGUGAGCCAGAACCGCCGGGGCACCCUUUCUCAGCCGUCAACCCCGAGCCCCCCAAAACCCACAGGGGUGUUUCAGACAAGUGCAAAUAGUUCUUUUGAGCCAGUGAAAUCCCACUUAGUUGGGGUGAAACCCGUCGAGGCAGACCGCGCCAACGUGGUGGGGGAGGUGAGGGGCGCCCAUGCCCACCAGAGGCAGCACAGAGCGGACGCUCUCCCCGACUCCUCCCCCGGCAACCUGGAGCAGCCCCCGGACAACAUGGAGACCCUCCUCCCACCCACACCGUGCCCUCGGCCCACUCCCGCAGAGGCUGGCCCUGGGCCCCUGCGCACUGGGGGCCUGCCCCUGGACACCCUGCUUCCAGCCCCUGAGAAAAAGCCCUCGGCCAGGGCGCAGGGGCCCGUGAAGUGCGAGAGCCCCGCGACGACGCUGUGGGCCCAGAGCGAGCUGCCGGACUUCGGGGGCAACGUGCUCCUUGCCCCUGCUGCUCCUGCGCUUCGCGUGCCUGCCAGGGCCCAGCCCUCUGGAGUGACGCAGCCUCCAGACGGGGGCGCCCCCACUCAGCCGCCCUGCCCGCCGGCUUCCGUGACCCCACUGCAGAGCGGGGAGGCCAUCGGUGCUUCUGAGAAUCUGGAGAACCCCCCCAAACUGGGAGAGGAGGAGCCCCUCCCACCGCAGGCAAGUUCCGGCCAUGCCGGUGUCUUAGCCUCCCCACCCGUGGAGUCUCUGCGCGCCCAGCCCGAUCAGAGCUGCAGCCUGACUCGGCCUGUUCCUUUCUCUGUGUCCUCGUCGAGCCCCUCUGAGAAGAGUCGGCCCUGGAAAGAGGCUGUGGCGGGGGAGAAGGCCGCCCUGGGCAGCCGGGCCGGCGGGGGUGACUCUGGAGAAGGCGCGCCUCUGUCUGGGAUUCCGUCUGGCUCUCUCCUCUGCUUGCCUCUGUCCAAUUCUGCCCAGAGUAACUUUCCCCAAGUCUCUGGUACUUGUGAAAUGGUUUCUAGUCAACCUGCCAGUUUGCUGGUUCAGCCGCCAUCUCAUCCAGCUCCAAGGAACUUGCCUCCAGAAAGCCAAAAGCUUCCCAAGGCAGAGAACAUUCUUCCCGAGCUGGUUCACAGGCUUGCUGGGAGCACAGGCGUGGUGGUAGCCCCGCCCGCCAGCAACACCUCGGCGCCUGGCGCGCCGCAGGCCGACCCCUCCGGUACCCGGGAGGAGGCUUCAGGAGCCCCAGACGUCACAGCGCGUAGGAGUCCGGAGAGCCCCGUCAGAAUGUGUAGCCCAUCCCAUCCUGACGGCCCAGCUUCUUGUCGGCACGCCGUGGCCGGCCAGCCUAGGCACUCUGGGCCCAGAGGCCAUAACCCAGACCCUUUCUACCAACAGGUGACUAAAGACGCUCAGGACCAGCAGGGCCUAGAGGGCACCCAGCAGGGGCCCCAGGCCACAUUCCCAGAAUCUUCGAGUGCAGGAAGCCCGCCCGCGCCGGCACAGUCCCUCAGCUCAGCCCAGCCACCAGCGAGUCGGGCCCCGGCCGACUCGGGCCAGCAGCUGCCGCCUCGGCCACCGCGAUCCUCCAGCGCGUCGGUGGUGUCCACCAGCUCCAGCCAGGCAGCCGCGCGGUCGGACCAGCCCUGGCCACAGCCGCUGCCUCCCGACUACUACUACUACAGGCCGCUGUAUGAUGGCUACCAGCCCCCGUACCCCACGCCGUACCCGCCAGACCCUGGCGUGGGGACCCUCUAUUACCAGGACGCCUAUGGCCUGUGCGAGCCUCGAUACAGGCCCUAUGACAGCGCGGCGUCCGCCUACGCCCAGCUCUACCGCCACCCUGAGCCGGAGCGGCCCAGCUCCCGCGCCAGCCACUGCUCGGACCAGCCGCCUGCCAGGCGCGAGCACCCUGAGGGCUACUACGCCUCCCAGAGUACCUGGAGCGACUACUACAGCCACUACUACCCCGGCCAGUAUGACUACGGAGAUCUGGGUCGCUGGGACCGGUACCACUACGGCGCCAGACUCAGAGACCCCCGCGCUUACGACCAGCGGUACUGGUGCGACGCCGAGUACGACCUCUACAGGAGGGAGAGCUACGCCCACGGCGACAGGCCUGAAAAGGGCGACGACCACUGGCGGUAUGACCCUCGCUUCGCCGGGAGCUUCGACGACGACCCCGAGCCGCGCAGGGACCCCUAUGGCGAGGAGGCGGACAGGCGCAGCGUGCACAGCGAGCACUCGGCGCAGAGCCUGCACAGCGCGGCCAGCCUGCACAGCCGCCGCAGCAGCUUCAGCUCGCACUCCCAGCAGAGCCAGGUUUACAGGAGCCACCACGUGUCGGCCAGCGCCUACGAGGCCCCGGCUCCGCCAGGCUCCUUCCACGGCGAUUACCCCUACGGCGCGUACAGGGGCAACUUCGGCAGUGCCCAGGGCUUCCCGGAGUACGGCUACGGCGCCGACGCCAACUGGCCCGCCAUGGAGCAAGUGCCCUCGAGACCAACUUCUCCUGAGAAGUUCUCGGUGCCUCACCUCUGCGCCAGAUUUGGGCCCGGGGGUCAGCUCAUCAAGGUGAUCCCCAACCUGCCCUCAGAAGGACAGCCGGCACUGGUGGAGGUCCACAGCAUGGAGACGCUGCUGCAGCACACGCCGGAGCAGGAGGAGAUGCUCGCGUUCCCAGGGCCCCUGGGCCGAGAUGACACCCAUAAAGUGGAUGUUAUUAAUUUUGCCCAGAAUAAAGCUACAAAAUGUUUGCAGAACGACAAUUUAAUUGACAAAGAGUCUGCAAGUCUUCUUUGGAAUUUUAUUGUUCUCUUAUGCAGACAGAACGGGACCGUGGUGGGAACAGACAUCGCUGAGCUGCUGUUACGGGACCACCGGACAGUGUGGCUUCCCGGGAAAUCGCCCGAUGAGGCCAACCUGAUUGACUUCACGAACGAGGCGGUGGAGCAGGUGGAGGAGGAGGAGUCCGGGGAGGCCCAGCUGUCCUUCCUCACCGGCAGUCAGGCGGCCCCCGCCAGCAGCGACGAGAAGGAGACCGAGCGGUUCCGGGAGCUGCUGCUGUAUGGCCGCAAGAAGGACGCGUUAGAGUCUGCGAUGAAGAACGCCUUGUGGGGUCACGCUUUGUUACUUGCAAGCAAGAUGGAUAGCCGGACCCACGCCAGAGUCAUGACCAGGUUCGCCAACAGCCUUCCAAUCAACGACCCGCUACAGACCGUGUACCAGCUGAUGUCGGGCCGGAUGCCAGCCGCCUCCACGUGCUGUGGCGACGAGAAGUGGGGGGACUGGAGGCCGCAUCUCGCUAUGGUUUUGUCCAACCUGAGCAACAACGUGGAUGUGGAAUCCAGGACCAUGGCCACGAUGGGGGACACCCUAGCUUCGAGAGGGCUCCUGGAAGCUGCUCACUUUUGCUACCUCAUGGCCCAGGUUGGAUUUGGGGUUUAUACAAAGAAAACCACAAAACUCGUCUUAAUUGGCUCAAAUCACAGUUUGCCCUUCCUGAAGUUUGCGACCAAUGAAGCCAUUCAGAGGACAGAAGCCUACGAGUACGCACAGUCCCUUGGGGCCCAGACCUGCCCCCUACCCAACUUCCAGGUAUUCAAGUUCAUCUACUCUUGCCGCCUGGCCGAGAUGGGGCUCGCCACGCAAGCCUUCCACUACUGCGAGGUCAUUGCCGAGAGCAUCCUGGCCCAGCCCCACAUCCACUCCCCGGUGCUCAUCAGCCAGCUGGUUCAGGUUGCGUCCCAGUUACGUCUCUUCGAUCCUCAGCUGAAGGAGAAGCCGGAGGAGGAGUCCUUCUUGGAGCCCGCCUGGUUGGUGCGGCUGCGGCAUGUGGACAAGCAGGUCCAGGAGGGCGCAGUGCUGUGGAGCCAGGACGUGGCCUUCCCCCAGCAGUGCCCCAGCACCCCAAGCUCUGAGCUGGGGCAGUGUGAUGGCCCUGCCCUGGCUCAGCCCACCAGCCUGGGCGUGGACAACCCGUUGCUGGCCCCUCCCGUGCAGGGUGUCGAGUGUCUCGCCCCGGGUGUGCGGCUGCUACCUUCAGCCCCACAGGUGCUCCCUGACGGCCAGCCAGCCAUCCCCGCCAGGGUGCCAAUGUUCCCCGUGCUGCCACCCCCGGGUCCUAUUGAGCCAGGGCCUGCACUCGGCUUUUCAGAGCCCUCUGGGCCUGACCUUGCAGCCCUGUACCCUGGGCCCGGCCUGCUGCCUGUUGCCCCACCUCUCCAGGACCUCAGGACCCAGGAGCCAGGGGCAGGGCUUCUAGAGGCGCCCGGCGGGAGCCCGCUGCCAGAGCUCCGGGACGGGGACUGCGGCCAAAGUCUUGCUGACCUGGGCCCCUCUGGGGUGUUGCCGGACUCUGAGGCCCCCAUGGCGUGGGAGCCGCCCCCGCAACCCCCAACACCUGCUCCCGACCUGAAGAGAGCCGGGUCGUCGGCGGCCAAAAAGGAGACCAAGGAGCCUAAGAAGAGCAGUGAGCCCUGGUUCUUCUCCCGCUGGCUGUCCGGGAAGAGGAGGACGGAGGCUUACCUGCCCGAUGACAAGAACAAGUCGAUCGUCUGGGACGAGAAGAAGAACCGGUGGGUGGACGUCAACGAGCCGGACGAGGAGAAGAGCGCGCCUCCGCCCCCGCCGACCUCGCUCCCCAAGGCCACACAGGCUGCACCCGCCGGCCCGGGAGGGCCCCCCCGAGCCUCUGUGAACAUGUUCUCCAGAAAAGCAGCUGGAACCAGGGCGCGCUAUGUGGACGUCCUGAACCCAGGGGGCACCCGGCGCACCGAGCCAGCUCUUGCUCCCGCGGACUUCUUUGCCCCACUGGCCCCGCUGCCCAUCCCAGCUCACCUGCUGGGGCCACAGCCAGAUGCGGAGCGCGCACCACCUGCAGACGGAGCUGCCGGGGAAGGGCAGGCACUGGCCAGGGGCCCAGCCCCCCCAGAGCUGACCCCAGAGCCCAAGGUCCCAGGCCCUGCAGCAGUGCUCCCUGGCUCUCUGGACGGCAACUCGGGAGGAGAGCUUUCGCGCUGUAGUUCAAUGAGCUCGUUGUCGCGUGAAGUCAGCCAGCAUCUCGCUCAGGCUCCCGGUGGCUCCCCUUCCGCAGGCAGCCCCCCUGGGGGAGCAGUGCCCUUCUACAACCCUGCCCAGUUUUCAGCAGCCUCAGGGAGUGCAAGGACGGGGAGGGCCGGCCAGAGGAAGUACCCGGCACUGAGCUAGGACGGCCCCUGCGCGCGCCCUAGGACCCCGGAUUCUCGCUCUCCACCACCGGGUCAGGCCAGGACCCCUCCGCCCCAGGUGGACACAGCGAUGACUCAAGGCGGCCACUGUGCAAUUCCCUCCUUGCCACCCCUUUCUGACGUGUCAUCAGCUUGAACUGCACAGCCCCAGGAUGCUGGGGGACAGGACUCAGCUCAGACCCCUGCCCAGAGGAAUGGCCGCUGGGCACAGCGUGCUCCCACUGUGAGGCGAAGCUGGACGCAUCUUGGCACAGGGAGAAACGUUUCUCAGGAGCUUGGGCCUCUCAGAACCACGCGCUGGGGUGCCGCUGCUGUGGGCCGAGGCACUGGAGGAGGGUAGCCUUGGCCACUCUGCCACAGAGGGGGCCCUGCGCCCCCAUCCCAGCCCGGGCAGGGGCUGUGGCGCCCACCAAGUGCAGCCUUGCUCAGCAGUGGCCCCCUGGGGCUUGGAGAGCGGCCCUUCCUUUAGCAAAGAUGCCUGCAGCUUCUCGAGCAUCUGUGGCUUGACCAGGCCCACAGGGCAUUUCAGGCCGCUGGGUCGGCCCCUGGGCAGGGGGGCGGGCGCAGUUCCGGGCAACUUGGGUCGGAAUGUGACUGUCCAGACUCAGCAGCCGGCCACCCGCCUGCAGGCCUCACUGGUGGCAGCCGGGAGAGUGCGGAGCUCUUGGGGCCGGAGGCCAGCAGCCGGCCGGCCAGUGCUCUUGAAGGGGCGGCGCGUCCUGGGGCCUGGCCUUCCUGCCCACGACCACCUCGGUGGCUCGUGCCCUGCCCGCCAGCCACGUCAGACUGGGGGGGACGCGCCUCCGAGCUUUAAGGCUUUCUCGACUGUUCUUACAUCUUGUUAAAUCUAAGCGACCUGAAGGAGAGAUGGACGGACUACGGCUGAGGAUCAGCAGGACGCGCCCCCACCCCGGCCCGGCGCCGCUGGAAGGAGCCGUGUUUCCCGCCCGCGGCUGACCCGCCGGCCGGCGCCCUGGCCGGGGCUGCGGCCCUUGUGAUUCAAGAGCUUCCUCAGGCGGGAGCUGCUAUUUUUCCUAAAUGCAAAUUGUUACACGGCAAAUUGUUAAAUAAAAUAUUUUGC